AUGUGGUUCGAUGACUCCCCUGCCGCGGAGGCUGCUACUGUCCUGCAGCAUCCGAGGGUGCUGGCGUAUUGUCGGCUGCGAUGUUUUUGCUCCGGUAUUGAGAGGACUGCGGCGCUACGGCAGCAGUUUGCGAGACGGACGACGGAGGCGAGACUUACGCUCCCUGUGGUCCUCGACCAACCAUUCCUCAUGUCUUUUGAUGCGAGUGCGGAUGGAGACAUCGUAGGCUCUGAAGCUGGGAAAUUCGCGUAUACGAUACCGGCUUUCUCAGAACUGGAUGCGAAUGAGAUGAGGGGUUAUAGUACGGCGGAUCAGGCAAGUGUGAGAACUGCGAAUGUGAGGUAUGUCACGCUUGAGGAGGAGAAUCGGAUAUUGCCAAUUGCCCCCCUGCACCCCCUUCCCCCCGCCCCAACGUGGGACUGUGGUGUGCUCUCCCAUCAAUCGACGGCUGACGACGAGAAAUAUAGCUGGAGCAGCGCCGGAACCUACUGCCACCGUCUCCCCAACGGCGAGCGCACGGUGUGGUGGAGCGACGACCUUACGCCCAACAGAGGCCUGACAUGGGACGGCUCACCGUUCCAGGCCCUCAUGGCAAGAAUGGUCUGCGCGCGAGCAUGCUACUGCAGCACCGACCCGGAGAGGAAGAAGAUCGAUCUGACGGACAGUCCGAGGGUCGGCAGUGUGCAAAUCGCUGAGACACAGGAGAAUGGGAGAAAUGUCAUUGAGGCCUUUCUGAGCCAGCCGGACGGAAGCGUCCGGACGGUGCUUAUUUCCAGCAGUGCUGUCAGUGCUGAUGACGAUGCGGGUGCUGGGGCGGGGGAGAUGCAGGUGGCGUGUAAAGAUGAGGAGGCGGGGUGUAGAGAGGGAUGGCCGGAGGAGUUGUUGGGGCCUAAGCCGACGUGGCCGGCGCCGCUGCCGGAGAAGGAUGAGUUGACUAAGCUGGAUCAGUGUGGGACGUUUUGCUAUGAGGCGAAAGAUUGUGGGGGUGACUGGAAGAGUGGGUGUCGCUGUGUGGUUCCUAAGGAACUGCCUGUGUAUGCGCUGGAUGCUGUGUUUCCGAAGCAGCCGGAGCUACCAAGGGGGAGGUGUAUGACCAUGCCGGAUUAUGUGCUCAAGGCCGCAAUGGUGGGACAGUCAAUUCUUGGGAAGCGGAGGAAGGAGGUGUGA